UUGUUCUACCGGACGGGACUCGGUUGCGCACAUACGUUCGCCGUUUCCUUGGUAACAACGUUACCGUCGCUAUUUACCAGACGUUCAAAAACAUGGACAUUCAGAAACUCAAUGUCCGAGGCUGUGGAGAUGGAGACAACAUCGUAGAUAUGGUUGACAUGGAUGAAGAAAACUUUGCUAUUUCAAGUUCCUCGGCUGCAGACGCAGCUUUUGACGCUGUUAUUGGCUGCAUAGAGGACAUCAUCAUGGAGGAGGAGUUUCAGCAGCUUCAGCAGAGCUUCAUGGAGAAACACUACCUGGAGUUUGAGGACUCUGACGAGAACAAGCUCAGUUACACACCAAUCUUCAAUGAAUAUGUUGACCUGCUGGAGAAACAUCUGGAGCAGCAGCUGAUUGAGAGGAUCCCCGCCUUCAACAUGAACACUUUCAUAAAGAGGCUCAUGCAACACAAAGAGGAGGUGCCAGGUGAUAUCUUUGACAUGCUGCUGACGUUCACUGACUUCAUGGCUUUUAAGGAGAUGUUUCUGGAAUACAGAGCUGAGAAGGAGGGCCGAGGUCUGGACCUGAGUCAAGGGCUGGUGGUCACAUCUCUGAUCCCUGCUGGUUCCAAACACAGUGGCUUCACUGAACCGCAGUGACGCUCACAAAACUUUAAAUUGCCUCCUCCUCUUUAUGUUUAUGUUAC